UUCCUGUGCAGAUUGUUUUUGUUGGCGUGCGCAUCUUUUCUAGCGAAGUACAGGUAAAAGUAGGAGUUUAAUCGGGAGUGAAAUCUAUAACAAUAUAUGCGUUAUAGCCGGUGAUAUCCAGGGUCUCGUAUCUGCCAUCAGCUGCAAUGUGAAGCGAAGCAAAAGACAAUUCUUCCCGAUGAGCAUGUCUCUUGUUCAUGGCCUUCAUGUCUAAGUUCUGAGCAUGGCGAUGGUGCUUGUCAGCAAUCGUUACUUCAGGAAGAAAAAAGCCAAAGCUUCAGUGCUGAAGGUAUCGAGCCGGUGAUGGACAGGGACCGACUGGAAUUGCUGUCGGUAGAAGGUGGCGAGAACUGAAAUGAGGUGGAAUAAUUUACUGACACUCUGAUGGAGAGUCACCAGUGAAUAAGCGAAUAGUAGUGCCUCAGAGACCAGAGAACUCGGGUCCACUCUCCCAUGGACCUGUGCAGCAGGAACCCAAACCGCACGGUGCCUGUCAGUGAUGAAGUGCCCAGACGAGCCAACGUGCCCCUGUGUUCCAGGACAAACGGGUGGAGCUGGCCUCCUCACCCUUUCCAGCUUUUGGCAUGGCUUCUCUACCUUUACUUUGCAGUCACAGGGUUUGGAGUUUUCAUCCCUCUGCUGCCGUCACACUGGAUCCCGGCUGGUUAUAUUUGUACAGGUAUUACGUUCGUCUGUCACCUGCUUGUGCACCUGACUGCUGUCUCCAUCGAUCCCGCAGACUAUAAUGUCAGAGCAAAGAGCUACAAAGGACCACUGCCUACGUUCGACCGCACAAAACACGCACAUGUCAUCGAGAACUGCCACUGUUACCUCUGUGAGGUGGAUGUAGGUCCGAAAUCCAAACACUGCAGCGCCUGUAAUAAGUGCGUGGCCAGUUUCGAUCACCACUGCAGAUGGCUAAACAACUGUGUGGGCAGCAGAAACUAUUGGGUUUUCCUGAACAGCGUCAUAUCCGCUCUACUGGGCAUAUUUUUAGUCGUGAUCAUCGCCACUUACGUUUUCAUCGAGUUCUUUUUGGAUCCGUCGAAGCUUCGUACUGAUAAACAUUUCCAGCAAGUGAAGAAUGAAUCCGUGGUGUGGUUUGUCUUCUUGCCGGUGGCUCCAGUAUCUACAGCAGGUCCAGCCAUUCCUGCCCUUGCAGGAGUGACCAUCACCAUGGGGCUUCUUUCCUCAUUGCUGCUCGGACAUUUACUCUGUUUUCAUGUCUAUCUCAUGUGGAACAGACUGAGCACAUUCGAGUACAUCGUCCGACAGAGACAUCGGCAGGAGGCGAGAGACACUAACAAAGACCCUUCAUUGACCGAGCCUGGAGUUCCCAAGAUAAACCUUGUUAAGGAUGCAAGCUACUCAGGUACUCUAGGCUACACCAAUCCUGAGCUGGAGGCGGAGGAUCCUGCUACCAGGAACGCACAUGGAAAGCCAGAGCUGUAUGGUAAAGACAGGAUCAGAAGCUCGCUAGAAAGAAUGGCUGAUGACGAGCUACUCCCUACUGUGUCCACGGAGCACAAACCAGCGCCUCGUCCUGCAAAAAACAACCAGAAGAAGAAGAAGAAAGUGCAUAAAAUACCAGCAGAAGUGAUUGAUGACCGAGUCACAGAGAUGAACACGAGCAGAGUCAUGGCACAUCAUUCAGCUGAGCAAGAGUUCUCUGUAGCCGCUGCCACUCUGUCCUCAUCCCUAAGCCAGCGCCUCCCUUUCCCAGCAUUCCCAGUUCGGGUGACACUCCCCCCUCUGGCCCCUGUGCAAGCUGCUGGCCCCCCGGCUGAGUACCACUCUGAUUCCGCAGAGUCUCUGGAGGAAAUCCCUGUAGCUCUGGCACGCCUUGGCACUGCCACGCCGGCGCGGGUGCCUCUCACCUCCAUUGGCUAUUUCUCCUCUUCGCAGCACAUUUUGCUCCAGCCGUUACCCUCUCCUCAGCCCAGGACCAAAAAGAAGGCUGCGGCUAACAAGGCUGCAGAAGAGAGAUUCGAGAUGGCAUCCCAUAAUCCUUUUGUAUUCAUCGGUAGAGGAAACCGAGAGACCGCCUUAACUGUAGACGUUGUUAGAGCGGAGGAUGGACGAGGUCACAUGGGAAAACGCAAGCACACGAGCAAGAGAAGAGGCACAGAGGAGGCAAGACACGGCUCCAGAUCCAACACACCGCUAGCGUAGGAAUACAAGUGCCAUGUCAUUACCUGACUUCCCAGAGAUAAGCUGCAUCGUAAAAAUACAAAUCCACAGGCACUACAAUCGCGGAUGUAGCAUCAAAAGCCUAUCACCUAUGCAACCACCACUGAGUGCAGGCUUUCCGACUGGGUUCUGACAGACUCUUUUGAUAAAUGUGCAGUUUCCUUUAGCAUUUCUUACUUUAGUACAUUUUGCUAAUAACGUCUCGUAGCAUUGCACAGUUGUAUUUGUAUUUUUGUUUAUCACCACACACUUUUAUCAACUAUUAAUUCAUAUUGAAUGCUAAAGCUCAUAUUGUGUACAGUCUAUAGCAGAUUAAAAGAUCUGUUGACUGUUGUUCUAAACAUUUUUUCCAUAAUGUUUAUUUGUAUUAAUGUUAUCAUUUCUGUAUUUACAAUGGAAUAUGUUUUCUUAUAUUAUGCCCUACUUAUGAUAACUUGCAUACUUAUGUAAGUUAAUAUAAUAGUACUUCUAUUAUGUCUUACACUAUGAGGCCGACCCUCAUCCCAUCUAGCAUGAGAUAUGGCCCAAAUGUUGCCCUAAGCUACGGUCCUCCUCCAUGUCCACUCUCUGGUGAUGGAACCGAGAUGUAGAUCGAAGGUGUGUGAUAGAUUCAGACAAACAGAUAAUAAUAUAAUUGAGUAUUUGAGAGUGAAAACUUCAUAACGUUCCAGUUGUAUUCAGUGAGAUCGAUUAAUGGCGGCUCGCCGUUCAGCGUUGCCAGCCGAGGCUCAACAAACUGCACGGUUAUUACUCACUCAGACGCUUGUGCCAAUUAGACGAGAAAAAGUUCAGACCGACAAAUUGAAACUAUUGAAAAAUUUUAAUUGAUUUCUUCACAGGAUUUGUGUUGCAAAGUUAUUAUUCUAAUACCAUUUUUGUUCCUGCACCUAAAGAAUUUCUGACUUCUUGAGGAUGUUUGUUCCACUCAUUAUUUUUUUCCCCUGUUCUCAGCUGUAAUAUAGUCUAAUAAAAUUUGCAGGGGUUUAUUCAUCAACCUAUAAAACAAUUACUGAUGAAACUGCGACUCUGAUUAAAAUAAAGCUUUUACUGACGGCAUAUAAAUGACUGAACACUGUAAACGCAUCGCACGGUUGUGUUCAAGCAUCCAGUUUGCUAUACCAUGUUAAUAAAAGUGAACUUUCUUCAAUUUAUUUUUUUUAAUUGCUGAUCCUUGUUGACUUGCUCUUAAAAAAAAAACAAAAAAAAAAACACAUUGUAAAUCAUUACAAAGACUCCUGCUUAGACCACUCUGAUACAAUUAGGGCUUAUUAAAGGGAGCAGUAAGGGUAUAUAGGAAGGAAGCGUUGUCUUUAAUGCCGAAAAUAAGUGAUUGCUUACAUACUUGAGUGAGGACCGUAAAGCUAGAAGUGUUUUGGGAUUGAGACUGGAUCUGCCCAUUCUUUUUCUUGUAUAGUAAUUUGUGAGAAACUUGCAGUGUUUUUAUUUUUUCUCUUUUUUAUUUUUUUUUUUAUUUUUUUUUUUUUUUUGAGAAUUACGAUACAAAAUUAGGUACAGCUUUUUUUUUUUUUUUUUUUUUUUUUUUUUGUGGAUUAUGAUUGUUAAAAAACAAAAAAACACCUAGCUUGUUUUGUGUCUUCUUAUGUCUUGGCAACACUAAUGGAUUGACCAGGCCAGUUUGAGGCUCAUUUCUGAUGAACGUAAAAGACGUCCUGUUUUUAGGCUGAUCUUAAUGUUAUUUUGUGGUGUGAAGUGCAUACGGUAAAAUCCAUCUUUUAAUUCAAGCCUGCACACACGCUGGCUGCCCCGAUUUACGUCCAUACACAUUUAACAUGUUGAAUAUUAUCAAUAUUUUACAGCCCAUCAUCCUGCUGUGAUAAAGGAUAUGCUGAAUGUCUUGUGUAAAAACACGAUCUUGACUGGAGGAACAUGUAAUGUGUAUGGUUUGAUACAUUUGAUACUGAGUGCAAAAACCUGUGAAAUCUAUCAUAUAUGAUGUCUCUCACAUCACAUUAUCAUCUCUUAAGUUUGUUUAUGAACAUUUACUUUGGCCCAGACUUUAAAAAAAAAGUUGAUUAUUCUGCUUUCUUGUACAGCAC